AGAGAGAGAGAGAGUCUCUCUCUGUGUGUGUGUGUGUGUCCUGGCAGUCUCCACUUUAACGUCACACGCUGCGCCUCCCAAAACGAGCCACCUUCGGCGGAGCUGUUCACUCGCGCUCUCGCGCGCGUACACGCACACACUCUGUCGCGCGACACACCAUCUCUCUCUCUCUCACAAACACAGGCGCUCGCGCGCACACAAACACUUGCCGCCAAGCACUGAUCUUUGUCUCCUCGUGCUCACCAGAGAGUCGCGUGCAGGUCCUUGUUUCUCGCACGCGUUUUGGAAGAAAGCGGCGCGAGGAGGAUUCUGAGCCAAUCGCUGAGUUGUCGCCCAUGACAACCCUCUAACCGUCUUCAGGAUUUUAAAAAGUGAACCGUUCUUUAUUUAUUCAUUAUUUUAUCAUUUUAAAAACGUAUCCGUGAAACAAAACAAGACAAAAAAACAAACAAACAAAAAAAAACAACAACGAAGAUUUACAAUUUACGGAAAGACCGAGGUUCUCAACUUGGACAGCUCCCGUGGUACUGCAGCUCUGUGUGUGCGUGCGUGUGUGUGAGUGUGUGUGUGUGAGUGUGUGUGAGAGAGUGUGUGUGUAAAACAGAGACCGUGUGUAUCGGACUAACGGUUUCCUGGGCUCGGUGACAAAUCUUGGGCUAAGGCUAUCACUCCGGGAACAUCCGGGAACAUGGCCAGCCUUCUACAGGCGGAGAAGCAGCUCUUUGACAAGUUCUGGAGAGGAACGUUUAAAGCCGUGGCCACGCCCAGACCCGAGAGCGUCAUCAUCGCGAGCAUCGCCGCGCGCAGAGAAGCCAACAGGUUGGAGACGUCAGUGUGUGUUACUGCGAAACCCGGCGAGACCAAAUCCCUGCGAGAGGAGCCGGAAGUGAAGGAGACGGAGAAGAAGAGGCACAGGAAACACCGAGGGCGUAAACGUCACAGUCGCCGUCGCUGCCCCAGCGUGUCGCUCGACGCUGACUUCUCCCCUCGGCCAGCGGCCAAAGCGAGAAAGAAGAAGAAAAAGUCAGUGAGGAAGAGGAGGCGAGAAAGGUCUCACUCCUCCAGUCCAUCACCACUCCGCAAGAAGAAGAAGAAGAAGAAGAACGGCUCGAAGAAGAGGAAGCAACACAGGGCUACCUCCAAGAAGAGAAGACACAGCUCCUCGAGCACCAGACGCAAACGGAAGGAGGACAGGAAACAUAAAAAGAGGUGCCAUAGUGCCUCUCAUCACAGACGGAGAUCACGGAGAGCAAACAGUUCUGACUGGAGAUCCUCCAGCACUGAGAGCAGAUGUGGAGACAGCGGUAAAUCAGGCUUUCAGCGCAGCAGCCACGGUUCAGGAGCGCGUGGAGGGUUUGAAUGGUGUUCGGCGGUGAAGCUCGCCACUAAAAUCCCCUCCAAGUGCACAGUCGUACACUCGCGUCCUGGGCUCGAAACGUCCGUCGUCCAGGACUCGCCGUGUAUUCUGGGUAAAGGGCGUGCGGAUUACGAUUCGGGACACGACACGUCCUCUCCGCUGUCGUCUAAAACCGGUGUCUCGAGGGCGCAGGUCACGGCGGACAGACGGGAGAAACUGAAAUUCAUGGACAAUUCGUCUGAUUCAGGAAACUCUCUGAGCAGCUACUCGGAGUCUCUGAGUAAAGCCGAACUCAGAGAGAGACGCGUUAACACGUCUGUUUUCAGCAAGCUCAGAAGCGAAGAGUCGAGCAGCUGUGUUGGAUCCGUGAGCCACCGUUCUCCGUCCAGUGUCAAAUAUCAGCAUCGCAACGAAACCCGGUCUCGCAGCAGGAGUCGAUCGUCACGAAGUUCUCACCACUGGGGACGUUAUAUAUCCAGGAGCAGGUCUCCGUCCUCCAGCCGCAGGUCGUAUUCUCGUUCGUCCAGUUACUCUUGCGACUCGAGGAGAGGGAGUGUAUGUAGCGUGAGCAGUCGACGGAGCGGAAAACAUUCGAGAUACACACCGGACCGGAUCCGAGAGAGAAUCAGAAGAAGCUCCAGCUCGUGUGAGAAGCCGUCAAAGCGAAGCAGGAAGCGCAGCAGGAGGAGAAUCUGUUCACCGAUGAGGAAAAGGAGAAGAGAUUCACCCAGUCAUCUAGAGGCUCGGAGAAUCACCAGUGCGAGGAAGAGGCCGAUUCCCUAUUACCGCCCGAGUCCUUCCUCUUCCUCAAGCCGCUCGAGCAGUCUGUCGUCCUGGAGUCUGUUCUCCCUCCAAUCACGGAGCCCGAUCCGCAGCCGCAGCAGGAGUCACAGCCGCUCUUCGUACCGCAGUCACAGUCGCAGCUCGCCGCUGAGCUCCAUCUACAGCAGCAGGAGCUAUGACACGUUAGCCAGCUAUAGCCGCGCUCGCCGCUAAUUUACAGACAAGAAAAUGGAACUGGAUCACACACCCCCCCCCAGACCCCCUCCCUCCCCCGCUCAAAAUAGUGACAUAUAAGGAACAUACACAAGCUAGCAAGCUAACGAAUCCAGACACCUGAAUUUACACAGAAAGCUAAAUCUGCCACACAUGCUAGCCCCUGUUCUCAAAUUACGACUAGCUAGCAGGAGCCAGGUGCUUAAUCGCGACGUUAAAAGUAAUUCCGGCUAGAAUUACAGUUAGCCAAGCUUACUGAGCUUUCAAAGCUAACACGAUGAAAUUUGACUCAAAAGCAAGUAAACAAAACAUUAAGAGUGUAAAAAAAAAAAAAUAUCAAGGUAAAGGCGACGUAAUGAUUCAAACUCGGCUAAUAAGGAAGCAGACCAGGAGCUAGCUAGGGUUGAGGUCGUUUAUAUUGAUGUAGUCAUCUACACACUAAACCUGAGCCGAAGCUAGGGGCGUUAGCAUGCUAACAAGGGCGGAUUUUACUCAGAAAAUGUCAAAAGUUCAAACUGCGAUGGAUACGGGAUGGCACGUGAUGAAAAAUAUCACCUCAGAAAACACUGAGACUGGAACAUUUGUGUAUUUGGUUUCGAAGACAGCGCCUUCACUCGACUCGAAUUCAAAACAGCCAGCUAGGUUAAACCGGCCGGAUGCUACGUGUCAGGUGUGUGUGACGAAACACCAUUUAUUUGUUGUUUAGCCAGUUAAACCGACACGCUGAAGUGUCCCAUCAGCUUACCAAGCUUGAGUUCAGUACAAUUUCACGCCCGGCGUGUGAAUCCUUCCUGUCCGACCUGCCGUCACUCUUUCUGUUUUUUUUUUUUUUUCCUUUUAAGAAACGUGUCAAAAUGGCUCGAGGACAGAGAUAUAUGGCCUCCAUAACAGAUUUUACUGCACGCCGGGAUUUUCUGACACCUGCAUCGCAUUUUCUUCCCUUUGAAAAAUGUGCCACGCUGCCAAACGCACGCCCCAUCGGCUCAAAUGCCAGCCGUAUUUAUCUUCCACCCGAGUGCAAAACAAUUGGAACGCCAAUGGCCGUUACAGCGCCGCCGCUCAUA